CUCCAGUCCACUUCUUUACCUCACCCUUCCCCUCUUCUCCUACAGACUCCUCUACCUGAUUCAUCUCAAUCUAUUUACUGAUCCACUUUUCCAACCUAAUUAUCUACUCCGUUCAACCUUUAUAUCUCCCAUAUUGCUCACCAUGGCUGACUCUCAGCGUCGUCCUCGUGUCUUCUUUGACAUCCAGAUUGGCAACGAAAAGACUGGCCGUAUUGCCCUGGAAUUGUUCAAUGAUGUCGUGCCUAAGACCGCAGAUAACUUCCGUGCGCUCUGUACCGGAGAGAAGGGCAUGGGAAAGCAGGGCAAGCCAUUGCAUUUUAAGGGUUCGAUUUUCCACCGUGUGAUCAAGCAAUUUAUGAUCCAGGGUGGUGAUUUCACUGCGUUUAACGGCACGGGCGGCGAAUCGAUUUAUGGCGAGAAAUUCCCCGACGAGAACUUUGAGCUCAAGCAUGACAAACCUUUCCUCCUCUCCAUGGCCAACUCCGGCCCCGGCACCAACGGCAGUCAGUUCUUCAUCACUACCGUCCCUACCCCUCAUCUGGAUGGCAAGCACGUGGUUUUCGGCGAAGUAAUCAACGGAAAGAGUGUCGUCCGCAAGGUCGAGAACAUGAACACCCAGGCAGACAAGCCUGUCAAGGACGUCACCAUUGUUGACUGUGGUGAGCUCACGGGCCAGGACUACGAUGAUGCUGACAAGCAAACCCCUGAUGCCACCGGCGACCCCUACGAGGAUUUCCCCGAUGACCACCAGGGAGAGGAGCUGAAUGCUCAGGUUUGCUUCAAGAUUGCGUCGGAACUGAAGAACUACGGAAACGGUGCUUUCAAGAGCGGUAACCUUGCGCUUGGUUUGGAGAAGUACCAGAAGGGCCUGCGCUACUUGCUCGAGUUUCCCGAGCCUGCUGAGAAUGACCCUAAGGAGCUCGAUGGCCAGAUCAAGGCGCUCCGGUUUGCCCUGCACUCCAACUCUUCCCUUCUAGCCAACAAGUUGGCACAGUAUGGGAACGGUCGGACCUGGGCUACCUACGCCUUGGAUACUGCCAACGCAGCCAAUGUGAAGGAUGCCGACAAGGCCAAGGCCUACUACCGCCGUGCCGUAGCCCACAGCGGUCUGAAAGAAGAGGACGACGCCCUGAAGGACCUCCAGGAAGCCGAGAAGCUGGCCCCCGGUGACGCCGGCAUCACCAACGAAAUUGCUAAGGUCAAGAAGGCCAUCAAGGACCGCCAGGCCAAGGAACGCGCCACUGCGCAGAGGUUCUUCUCAUAAGCGCGAUAAUGCCAUGGAUGAUUCAUGAACGUUUCUACUACCAACCACUCUAUUUUCCUUCUGCAUAAAAGCGACCCUUCGAUUGCGUAAUCUAGAUAGUCGCACCGCUCCUGUAUUCGUUUCUCCUUCUAUCGUCAUUUUCAAUACUUUCCGGCUUUUGCGGCCUCUUCCCUAAAGACCAUGUCUUUGGUAUUCGGUAGCAUGGUGAAAUCGGCGCAUUGACUUGCUAUUUCCUAAGUUUUGAUAUACGGAUGUUGUUCGCUUAGCGGGUCAUAUCCAACAGUUAACAUAAACUAGGAAACUUCUGAGAUCUAAUAACGGAGCAAUAAAAUAAUGAUCAAUGGAAAGUACGAAU